AUGAUAGAACAGAAGAAUCUGGUUUUACAAAAAGCUAUUCCCAACCCUAGCAAUAGAGGGAGUGGAUAUUAUAGGAAUAAUCCUUUUAAUAAGGUUGUGACUGUUGAAUCAAAGUCAUUGGGAGAUAAGAAAACAGAAACUGGUUCUAGUAGUAGUGCUAAUACUGCUAAUGUAGCUCCUGCUUUGAGAAGUGGAGAUUAUAGGCAAUUGUCUAGUGCAGAAAUGAAAGAAAAAAGGGAAAAAAGGCUAUGUUUCAGGUGUGAUGAGCCUUUCAGUAGGGAACAUAGAUGCAAGAAUAAGCAUCUAAGAAUGGUGAUUAUGGAGGAAGAAGAAGAAGAGGAAUUGGCAGUUCCUGGAGAAGAAGACAAAAGUAUGAAAUCCUUGCAAUUAUCACGUCAUUCCAUAGCUGGUUUUACUUCUGCAAAGUCUUGGAAGGUGAGGGGAUUCAUCAAUGGCCAGGAAGUAGUAAUCCUCAUAGAUUGUGGAGCUUCCCACAAUUUUGUUUCACAUGAAUUAGUGGCCUCCCUGCAACUGCACAUUAGCCCUACAGCAAGUUAUACUGUGGAAGUGGGGGAUGGAUACAAGGUAAGAUGUCAAGGCAAGUGUGAGGGGUUGAUGGUGGACAUUCAAGGGAUUCAGUUCCAGCAGGAAUAUUACUUGUUUGGGUUACAAGGCAUUGAUUUGGUGCUAGGCCUUGAAUGGUUGGCCAGCUUAGGAUAA